ACGGGAAGCGAGACGGAAUGGGAGGAUGGAAGAAUGAUGGGAUGGAUCUAAAUAUGGGCUGCAGGGCAGGCCUACAGUGUUCCUUCCUCUGCCUUGCCCUACUGCUCUUCCAGCUCUUUGCCAGAAGUUGCCAGGGUCAACAACUUGAAGAUCCAGCAUUGACACCAAUCUUUCAGUUUUCACAUUCCCUGUACAAUGCCACUAUUUACGAGAACUCUGCUGCAAGGACCUACGCCAACAGUAAAGUUAAAAUGGGAAUAAGCGUGGCUGAUCCUUCAUGGGAUGUUAAAUACAGGAUUAUUUCUGGAGAUGAAGACAGCUUCUUCAAAGCUGAGGAGGUUUUACUUGGGGACUUCUGUUUCCUCAGGAUAAGAACUAAAGGUGGAAAUUCUGCAAUAUUAAAUAGAGAAGUUCAAAACCACUAUAUGCUUACUGUGAAAGGCACAAUUCGAGGGGAGGCUUUGGAGGCAUGGACAAAAGUGAAUGUUCAAGUCUUGGAUAUGAAUGACUUGCGACCUUUGUUUUCUCCAACAACAUACUCUGUAACAAUCCCUGAGAACACACCACUAAGGACUAGUAUUGCACAAGUGACAGCAACUGAUGCAGAUAUUGGAUCGAAUGGAGAGUUUUAUUAUUACUUUAAGGACAGAGUGGACCUCUUUGCUGUUCAUCCAACUAGUGGAGUGGUUUCACUGAGCGGCCGAUUAAAUUAUGGUGAAAGAAAUCGCUAUGACUUGGAAGUUUUGGCAGUCGACCGUGGAAUGAAACUCUAUGGGAACAAUGGGGUAAGCAGUACAGCAAAGCUAGUCAUUCAUAUUGAGCUCAUCAAUGAAUACGCCCCAACUGUAAGUGUGGUAACACACAUUCCCUCCUUGAUGGACAGUGAUCCCACCUAUGCCAUUGUGACUGUAGAGGACAUGGAUGAAGGCAUUAAUGGGGAAAUUGAUUCAGUGUCCAUAGUGGCAGGAGAUCCGUUAGAACAGUUUCACCUCAUUAAAACCGGGUUAGGGAGGGAUGAAUAUUGGAUAAAAGCAGGGAAUCCUGUAGACUGGGGAAAUUUUCCUCAUGGUUAUAAUCUAACUCUUCAGGCAAUAGAUAAAGGAUCACCUCAAAAAUUCUCUGCAGUGAAACUUGUACACAUUGGGAAUUAUCAAGAAAACUUGAACGUAGUGACUUUUGAAGAGGAUGUGUAUGAAGUGGAGCUGAAUGAGUUUUCCCCUCCUGGAGUAACAGUUAUUGCUGUUAAGCUUAAGCCUGAGCCGCAAAAUGUGGAAUAUAAGCUCAGUGAAACUGAUGAUGUUGCUUAUUUCCACAUCAAUCCCAAGACCGGUCUGAUCACCACAACACAACAUAUAAACCUCCUGACGAGAGAGCAUUUUGUGUUAGCUGUUAUGAGCAAUGCUAAUGAUAUAAAAGCCCGAGUCAUUAUAAAUAUAGAAGAUGCGAAUGAUCACACACCGGAAUUCCACCAUGGGUCAUAUGAGAUAUUUAUCAAUGAGAGUUUGCCCAUUGGGAGCAGAGUUUUAACUGUUUCUGCAACUGAUGACGAUGAGGGAGAAAAUGGUUAUGUAACAUACAGCAUUGCCAGCCUGAGUCCACUGCCUUUUACAAUAAACCAGUUUACUGGUGACAUUAGUACAAGCAAGGAACUUGAUUAUGAGUCUUCAUCUCAGAGUUACAUGUUUUUUGUUCGGGCUUCAGACUGGGGUUCACCUUACCGGCGUGAGAGUGAGGUAAACGUUACCAUCUACGUGGAAAAUGUGAACGACAAUAAGCCCCUGUUUGAAAAAGUGGCCUGUCAUGGAGUCAUUUCGCAUGAGUUUCCUGUUGGUGGACAAAUAACUGCAGUUUCGGCCAUUGAUGUGGAUGAAUUGGAGCUGGUGAAAUACAGAAUAAUUUCUGGGAAUGAACUGGGAUUCUUUGAACUGAAUUCCAAGUCUGGGGUACUUCUGCUAAAGAAAGCCUUUAGCAGCGCAAUUCCAAAAGACGGGCGCUUUGCACUUCACAUAAUGGCUACCGAUGGAGAGAACUAUGCUGAUCCUAUGUUUGUUAAUAUUUCUUUGGUGCACGGAAAAGUGCCAUUAAAAAACUUUGCAUGUAGAGAGACGGGAGCUGCUCAGAACCUGACUGAAAAACUACUGAAAAGGGCCAAAGUAAAUAGCAAAUCAAAGAUGGAGGAGUUAUUUCUGGAUCUCUAUUCUAUCAAUCGACAAGCUCCACAAUUUGAUACAUCUUUUCCUUCUGAAAUAUCUGUUAAAGAGGAUCUUCCAGUCGGCUCCAGUAUACUUAAGAUCUGUGCUUUUGAUGCAGACAGCGGCUUCAACGGCAAGGUUGUCUACGCUAUCUCUGAAGGCAAUAUAGAUAGUUGUUUUAACCUUGAAAUGGAAACUGGGUGGAUAACAAUUCUGAUGCCAAUGGAUCGUGAAUCAGCUGAUGAAUAUGUGCUUAAUAUCACCAUUUAUGACUUGGGGUCUCCUCCAAAAUCUGCUUGGAAGUUGAUGACUAUCCAUAUCCAGGAUGCUAAUGACAACAAGCCCCAGUUUUUGCAGGAGACCUACUUUGUUGCCAUUCCUGAAGACACUGAGAUUGGUACAGAGGUAAUUCUAGAGGCCACAGAUAAUGAUUUGGGCUGCAAUAGUGAAAUAAUUUACACAAUAUUAACUGACACACAACUAUUUGCCAUCAACAUGACAACUGGGAUUGUAUACGUGACUGGGUUGCUUGAUAGGGAAUUAGUCACAAACUACACUUUAAAAAUAGAAGCCUGGGACAAAGCCGAAAAUGACCCUCAGUUGUACUCUGUGGUGGGUUUGAAGAUAGUCCUGGAAGAUAUCAAUGACAAUCCUCCCCAAUUUAUUCCAUCAAACUAUGUUGUCAAAGUACUUGAAGAUCUGCCAGUGGGUAUUGUGAUUACAUGGAUUGAGUCGCAUGAUCCGGAUCGUGGCUUGGGUGGCCAGGUGCGUUAUUCUUUAGGAAACGAUUAUAAUGGGAAGUUCGAAAUAGACAAGAUUAGUGGAGCUGUGCGUUUGUCAAAGGAGCUCGACUUUGAGAAACAGCAGUUCUACAACAUGACAAUUCGGGCUAAAGACAAAGGGCGGCCAGUGUCGUUGUCUUCAGUGUCCUUUAUAGAAGUUGAAGUGGUUGAUGUCAAUGAAAAUCUUUACACACCACAGUUUUCACGUUUUGCAAUGAUGGCCUCGGUGAAAGAGAAUUCACCAAUUGGAACAAGUAUUCUGCAGCUCACAGCGUACGAUGAUGACAGUGGAAGAGACGGAGUCAUUCAAUACUCCAUCCGGGACGGCAGUGGUCUAGGACGAUUCACUGUGGAAGAGGACACUGGUGUUAUUAAUACAGCUGAUGUACUUGACCGUGAAACAACUGCAUCUUAUUGGCUGACUGUGUAUGCUACUGACCGUGGAGUGGUUCCAUUGUUUUCAUCCAUCGAGAUCUACAUAGAGGUUGAAGAUGAGAAUGAUAAUGCACCAAUGUCCUAUGAGCCUAUUUAUCAUCCGUCAGUUCUGGAGAACUCCCCCAAGGACGUCCCAGUUAUGCAGGUUCAAGCUUACGAUCCAGAUUCCAGUUCCAGGGAUAAAAUGACUUUCAGGAUUACAAGUGGGAAUCCUCAGAAUUUCUUUGUAAUUAACUCCAAGACGGGUCUCAUCAUGACUACAUCAAGGAAAUUGGAUCGAGAACAGCAGGCGGAGCACUUUCUAGAGGUGACGGUGACAGAUGGCAGCUCCUCUCCAAAACAAUCGACUGUCUGGGUGGUGGUCCAUGUGUUGGAUGAGAAUGAUAACAAACCACUGUUCCCUCAAAAGGUUUACCAAAUCAAACUUCCAGAGCGAGAACGCAAGAAGCGCGGUGAGCCAAUUUAUCGAGUGUUUGCGUUCGACAAGGACAAAGGAGCCAACGCAGAAAUUUCCUACAGCAUUGUGGACGGAAAUGAUGAUGGAAAGUUUUUCAUUGACCCCAAAACAGGCAUGGUUUCCUCCAGGAAACAGUUUUCAGCAGGAAAUUACGACAUCUUAACUAUUAAGGCAGUGGACAAUGGGAGACCACAGAAGUCUUCCUCUGCACGUCUGCACAUUGAGUGGAUAAAGAAGCCGCAACGGUCUGAGAUUCCUCUGAGCUUUGACGAGCCCUUCUACAACUUCACAGUGAUGGAAAAUGACAGAGUGACCGAAAUUGUAGGGGUGGUCACAGUACAGCCAAACAGCAUCCCUCUUUGGUUUGAUAUAGUUGGUGGGAAGCAAGCUCGAGAGAUGUUCUAUAUUUUUCAGACAGCUUGUGGCCAGAACUGUUCCAGAGAAGGUGGAAAUUAUGGCAACUCAUUUGACAUAGAGAAAGGCAUGGGUACAAUUGUUAUCGCAAAGACGCUGGAUGCUGAACAGAGGUCCACAUAUAAUAUGACGAUAGAAGUCACAGAAGGGACUAAUUCAGCUACCACUCAGGUGCAUAUAAAAAUACUUGACAACAAUGAUAAUGGUCCAGUAUUCUCCAAGCCGAACUAUGAAAUCACCAUCUCUGAGGACACUUUCGUGGGUGCCGAGAUCCUGCAUGUUAAAGCCACUGACAAGGAUGAGAAAAACAAAUUGACCUACUCUAUUCACAGCAGUAUAAACCCAAUGAGCAUGCGCAAAUUCCGACUUGACCAUGGUACAGGCAAGUUAUAUAUAUCGGAAAGGCUGGAUCAUGAAGUCCAGGCUCAGCACAUCUUGACUGUAAUGGUCCGAGAUCAGGAGUUUCCUUACCGACGGAAUCUGGUGCGGGUUGUGAUCAACGUAGAUGAUUUCAAUGAUCACACCCCGUAUUUCACCAACACUGUCUAUGAUGGUUCUGUAUUUGAGUCGGCUGCUCAGGGUUCUGCUGUGCUGCAGGUCACAGCCCUGGACAGGGACAAAGGAAAAAAUGCUGAAUUGAUUUACACUAUUGAAACAGGAAACCCUGAGAAUACUUUUAAAAUUGAACCAGUUUUGGGAAUUAUCAGCGUGUCGAAAGAACUUGACCUGUCCUCUCUUGGCCAGUAUAUAAUGACUGUUAAAGCCACCGAUCAGGGUUCACCACCUCUUUCCGCCACUGCAAUCGUGCACGUCUCUGUGACCAUUUCAGAUAACGCACACCCAAAGUUCCUUCAGAAACAAUACGCAAAAGAAGUCAAUGAAAAUGUCAGUGCUGGGUCUUCAGUGAUCAUGAUCUCCGCAGUGAGCCAAUCAACGGUGGUUUAUGAAAUAAAAGAUGGAAACAUAGAAAGUAUCUUUACAAUAAAUCCUUAUUCUGGUGUCAUCAGUGUCCACAAACCUCUUGACUAUGAGCACAUUCCUUCUUAUAACUUGAUAGUCCAGGCAACCAAUAUGGCAGGGAUGUCAUCAAACACUUCAGUCAAUAUACACGUGGUGGAUGAGAAUGACAACCCUCCAGUGUUUAUGCAUUCACAGUACACAGGGAGUAUCAGUGAGGCUGCUCCAACCAACAGUGUUGUUUUAAUCUCUGGAAACACGCCACUUGUCAUAAGAGCCACUGAUGCUGAUCAAAACCAGAAUGCACUGCUUGUCUAUCAAAUUGUGGAAUCUACUGCAAAAAAAUAUUUUUCAGUCGAUUCGAGCACUGGGGCAAUCAGGACCACAGCCACUUUAGACCAUGAAACCAUUCCAGUGUUCCAUUUCCAAGUGCAAGUCAGAGACAGUGGCACCCCCCAGCUUACAGCUGAAAGUCUGGCAGAGGUGACCAUUCAUGUGACUGAUACCAAUGACUCGCCACCAAAGUUCAGUCAAGAUGUCUACGAGUCUGUGCUUCUCCUACCAACGUACACUGGGGUAGAGGUUCUGACUGUCUCAGCCACGGAUCCUGAUUUUGAAGUGCUAUCAGAGCUAACAUACACGCUGACCGAUGGAAAUACAGCAAACUAUUUUUUAAUCAGUCUUAAGAGUGGGGUCAUUACAGUGAAGAAUCACACCCUUGACGAAGAACUCUAUGAACUGACUGUUUGUGUAUCAGAUGGGAAGUUCAGCAGUUCAGCGCUGGUAAAAAUAACAGUGAAAGAUGCCAUUGACAGCGGCCUGCACUUCACUCAAACCUUCUACACUGCCUCCAUCUGGGAGAAUAGCACGGAGUCAAAAAAGGUGGCUGUGGUUAAUGCUGUGGGAAACCAGCUUAAUGAACCUCUGAAGUACAGAAUAUUAAAUCCUGGUGACAAGUUCAGGAUAAAAUCCACCUCUGGGAUUGUGCAAACAAUGCCUGUGUCCUUUGACCGAGAAGAGCGAGAGGUAUAUGAGCUGGUGGUGGAAGCAAGUCGCGAGCAUGACCCGUGGCACGUUGCACGAGUAGUUAUCAGAGUCCAGGUUGAAGACAUCAAUGACAAUCCACCGGCCUUUGUGGGUCUUCCUUAUUACGCUGCUGUGCAAGUUGAUGCAGAGCCUGGUGCCAUUAUAUACCACGUGACAGCCAUGGACCGAGACAAGGGCAAAAAUGGAGAGAUAACCUACUUUCUUGGAGACGGGCCGGACCACUUUGAGAUUGACCAGCAUACGGGGAUUGUCACAUUGAAAGAACCUUUUGAGUCUGAUUUGUCUAACGUUGAAUAUGACAUUGACGUCAUCGCUAAGGAUGGGGGUGCACCUGCUCUCUCUACUUGUGUAAAACUACCCAUCACAGUUGUUAAUAAAGCCAUGCCAGUCUUUGCCAAGCCGUUUUAUUUGGCUGCAGUAAAUGAAGACAUCCAGCCGCACACCCCUAUCAUCAGCAUCAAUGCCACUAGUCCUGAAGGUCAAAGUCUAAUAUACACCAUUACUGAUGGAAAUCCUUUAAAUCAGUUCAACAUAAACUUUGAUACAGGGGUAAUUAGUGUCAUCAGUCCUCUCGACUAUGAAGCUGAAUCGAGCUAUAAAAUGACUAUCAGGGCAACGGACUCGCUGACGGGUGCUCGAGCUGAAGUGACCGUGGAUAUAGUUGUGCAUGAUGUUAAUGAUAACCCUCCAGUGUUUGAGAAGACGAUGUACAAAGUCAUGCUUUCUGAAUCCUCGAUGAUCGGAACCCCUGUGCUACAAGCUGUUGCUUUAGAUGCAGACUCUGAAAAUAGCCAAGUCGUACAUUAUCAGAUUGUCCACGAUAAUUUAAACAGCACAGACUACUUUCACAUAGACAGCACCAGUGGGCUGAUUUUAACAUCACGUAUGUUGGACUAUGAACUAAUUCAACAGUAUAACUUUAUCGUCAGAGCCACAGACAAUGGCAUCCCACCACUGAGCAGUGAUGUCCCAGUUACUGUUUAUGUGAGUGACAUGAAUGACAACCCUCCAGUUUUUAACCAGCUUCUGUACGAGUCUUAUGUGAACGAGCUUGCCCCACGCGGUCAUUUUGUUACCUGUGUCCAGGCAUUUGAUGCAGAUAAUUCUGAUACUGAGCAAUUGGAGUACAGCAUCCUAUCUGGAAAUGACCACAUGAAUUUUGUCAUGGACAGCAGGAGAGGGAUUAUUACACUGUCUAAUCACCGCAAACAGAGAGUGGACUCUGCAUACAACCUGAAUGUCUCUGUGUCAGAUGGCAUUUUUACCAGCACAGCUCAAGUACAUAUCAGGGUUUUCAGUGCUAACUUGUACAGCCCAGUCUUUUCACGCAGUAUUUAUCUGGUAGAACUGAGAGAGAAUUGUGCCAUUGGGACAACGGUGACUCAGGUAGUGGCUACAGAUGGGGAUUCUGAGGAGUACGGGCAAAUUAUCUUCUCUAUAGUUAAUGACAUUGCAAGAGACCGGUUCUCCAUUGACACUGAAGGAAAUAUUAUCACAACUGAAAAGUCAAACCGAGAAAUUCCUCUGGAGAGCGAUAUUGAUAUUACAGUCAUGGCUGUUGAUGGUGGUGGCAGGGCAACAUUCUGCACUGUCAGGGUCAAACUGAUGGAUGAGAAUGACAAUGCUCCUCAGUUCAGUGCCUCAGAGUACAGAACAAGUUUCAAAGCAGAUGUGAAUAAAGGGACUUUGAUCAUUCAAGUGGCGGCUUCUGACCCAGAUCAAGGCACGAAUGCCAGAGUUAUGUUUUCAUUAUACAGUGAAGAUUCAAAUUUAGUUGCGAGUGCAGUUGACAUUGAUCAUGAAACCGGAUGGAUUGUCACCAAGGAAAGUUUUAGCCAUCUAAAAGAUACAAUUCUAUCCUUCUUUGUUAAAGCCUCAGAUGGCGGUGUUCCUGUGAGGAGUGCUCUGGUUCCUGUCUACCUCCAUAUACUUCCUCCGGAGACAGUGUUUCCCACUUUUUUACAACACGAGUAUUCGUUUCUGCUACCAGAGGAUGUUCCAAUAGGACGCAUUAUGGGUAUUGUCCAGGUUCUGCCUCACCGCAAUGUUCUUUUCAGUACAGUCAAUGGUGGCUUACCUAAAAAUAAUCAAGAAGGUGUAUUUGUGAUAGACUCGCACUCCGGUGUGAUAAAACUGGAAAAGAAGCUCGAUUAUGAAGCAACUCAUCUUUAUGAAUUUUUGGUUACGGCCACUAUUAAUAAUGGAAAAACUGACAUUGUUUUGACAGCUGGUGUCAAAGUUGAAGUUAUGGACUUGAAUGAUAACAAGCCUAUCUUUGACGCCAAUCCAUAUGAGGCUGUGGUGAUGGAAGGGAUGCCUAUAAGGACAAAAGUGAUCCAAGUCAAAGCAACCGAUGAAGACUCAGGAGCCAACGGACAGGUCAUAUAUAGUCUGGUCCCAGCAGCUCAAUCAGAACUUGAAGAGGUUACAGAAAUAUUUACCAUUGACAGCAAAAAUGGCUGGAUUACAACUUUGAAGGAUCUUGACCAUGAAAAGCAACCAAUGUACACGUUUGCAGUAGUGGCUUUUGACCUUGGCAAGACAGUGUCUCUGUCCUCAACAGCAAUAGUUCAAGUGGCUGUUACAGAUAUAAAUGACAAUGCUCCAAACUUUGUGACUGAAGUAUACAGGGCAUCCGUUAGAGAAAGUGACUCACCCGGUGAGGUUGUUGCAGUGCUUAGCACGCAAGACGAUGACACAUCUGAAAUCAACCGACUAGUUAGUUAUCAUAUUACAGGAGGAAAUCCAAAAGGAAAGUUUGCCCUUGGCCUGGUUCAGAAUGAGUGGAAGGUCUAUGUGAAGAGACAAUUAGACCGUGAGGAGCAAGAUAUUUACCUGCUGAAUAUUACAGCUACCGAUGGACUUUUUGUUUCGAGAGCAAUGGUCGAGGUCCGAGUGUUGGACGCCAAUGAUAACAGUCCAGUCUGUGACCAGGUCACGUACACAGAGACAUUUCCAGAAGAUUUGCCACCAAAUAAAGUUAUUCUAAAGAUUCAUGCUCAGGAUGCAGACAUUGGGGCAAAUGGAGACAUCCGAUAUUCUUUGCAUGGACCUGGCUCUGAUAAAUUUUUUCUGGAACCUGAAAGUGGUGAACUGAAAACAUUGUCUGCUUUGGACCGUGAGGAAACGCAAGUAUAUAACUUGAUCGCCAAAGCGACUGAUGGUGGCAGGCGUUACUGCCAGUCAGAAAUCAUUCUACGACUGGAGGACGUGAAUGACAAUCCCCCUGUGUUCUCCUCCAAACAUUAUGCUGUGUCUGUCUAUGAGAAUACAGUAAUCAAAGUUUUACUUGCCAGAGUUCAAGCAACAGACCCAGAUAUGGGACUAAACCGAAAAGUAGCAUACUCUCUGAUCAAUAACGCGCAUGGAUUUUUCUCUAUUGAUGAAUGGUCUGGAAUCAUCACACUUGAAAAGGCACUGGACAGGGAGCAACAAGCACAGUAUAAUCUCACUGUCAAAGCCAAAGAUCAGGGAUUGGCCUGGAAACUCUCGGCGAUGGCGACAGUCAUCAUCACAGUGCUGGAUAUCAAUGACAAUCCCCCGGUGUUUGAGAGGCGGGACUACAUGGUUACAAUGGCUGAAGAUGUAACUCUGGAAACUGAAGUCCUGGCUAUAUUUGCUGCCAGCAAAGACACUGGUGCGAAUGCAGAAAUUACUUACGACAUUAGAUCUGGUAAUGAACACGGCAAAUUCAGAAUCGAUCACCGAAGAGGAGUUAUUUCUGUAAUUCAGCAUCUUGACUACGAGACCUGUAAGGACUACUACCUUACAGUUGAAGCUAGAGAUGGAGGCUCACCCUCACUGAGUGCUAUCACCACUGUAAAUGUCAAUGUAACAGAUGUCAAUGACAAUGCACCAAAAUUCAGCCGCGAGAUGUACAGUGCAGUUAUCAGUGAAGAUGCAACUAUUGGAGAUCUUGUUGUCAUGGUACUGGCAGAAGAUUGGGACAGUCUCCCCAAUGCACAAAUUCACUUUUCAAUUGUGAAUGGAGAUCAGGACAACUCUUUCAAUAUAAAUCCAGUGACAGGCUUAAUAAAGGUCAACAAGCAGCUUGAUAGAGAACAGGUAUCUGGAUAUUCACUAACAGUACAAGCAAAAGAUAGUGGAACACCUUCCAUGUCAUCUACAGUUACUGUGAAUGUUGAUGUCUCAGAUAUUAAUGACAAUCCCCCUGAGUUCACACCAGCAAAUUAUUCAACCGUCAUUCAGGAAAAUAAAGUCAUCGGCACUACUAUCCUGCAACUUUCAGUCACAGACAAGGAUUCUUCCCACAAUGGGCCUCCAUUCACGUUCACUAUCCUUGAUGGAAAUGAUGGGAAGGAGUUUGUUUUAGACCAACAAGGAGUUCUGAAAUCUGCAAUAGUGUUUAAACAAAAGGUUGCAACAGAAUAUCUGCUGCGUGUGAAGGCUCAUGAUUCUGGCAAGCUGCAGUUGGCUUCGUACACCUACAUCCUUGUUCGUGUGAUUGAAGAAAGCAUCCAUAAGCCGACUGCCAUUCCACUUGAGAUCUUUAUUUCCACUAUGGAGGACGAGUUCCCAGGAGGUGUAAUUGGGAAGAUUCAUGCCACUGAUCAAGAUGUGUAUGACAUCCUUAUCUACAGUCUGAAGACAGAUCAGAGGAGCUUGUUCAAUGUAAACAGUCAAGACGGGAAGAUCAUUGCUCUUGGAGGACUGGACAGGGGCAAGUAUAUUCUGAAUGUUUCUGUCAGUGAUGGACGCUUCACUGUGCCUGUAGAAGUCAUAGUCCACGUUGAGCAGGUGACUCGAGACAUGCUCUGGAACGCAAUAACUGUGCAAUUUGAGAACGUUUCACCCGAGGAUUUCAUUGGGCUUCAUCUGCAUGGAUUUCGGCGAACCCUUCGGAACAUUAUUGUUGCCAAAAAGCAGGACAAUCUUCACAUAAUUAGUAUUCAGCCAGUGGCAGGCACCCAUCAGCUAGAUGUUCUGUUGGCAGUGCAGAUGGAUGGGAAUGGCUUCUACAAAUCUGCGUAUUUGGUCCAGAAACUGAGCAGUGCAAAAAAGAACCUAGAAAAUGGGCUGUGGAUUUCCACUAUUACAGACAAGAACUGUUCUGGCUUGGAGUGUCGGGAACCGUACUGUGAGCAAAUGUUUGCUGCAGAAGGACAAUCCAUGAUGACCUACAGCACUGCCAGGAUCAGCUUUGUAUCUCCCCGUUAUUACAGAGGCACCAGAUGCUCCUGUAAUGGUGACCUGUGCCCAGUUAUUUCCGAUGUCUGCCGAGAUAAACCGUGCCCUAGUGACAUGCAAUGUGUUCGGGGUGGUGUGGGCCACGGACCAUUUAUUUGUCAGUGCCCACCAGGGAAUCUGGGAGCAUGUUCAGGUCAUGCUUCACUGAGCUUUGCUGGCAACAGUUAUAUUAAGUACCGAGUGGCAGAAAGCAGUAAAAGAGAUGAACUGAAGCUGGGGCUGCAUUUGAGAACAUUGCAGAGUAAUGGAAUAAUAAUGUAUGCCAAAGGAGAGCACUGUGUCAUUCUGAAGAUUGUGGAUGGAAAGCUGUGGUUCCAGUUGGACUGUGGAAGUGGGCCGGGCAUCGUGGGGAUUUCUGGCCGAACUGUUAACGAUGGGAAUUGGCAUUCUGUCGUUCUGGAGCUCAACCGGAAUUUCACAAGUCUCUCACUUGAUGACAGCUAUGUGGAGCGUCGGAGGGUUCCUCUGCACUUUCACCCCCUUGGCAUUGACAACUCCAUCUACUUUGGUGCUCAAGUGCCAGCUGUGGCUGCCCGUGGAUUGUCCAUCCAGAAUAGUGCACAAGUCCUGGGCGGGUUUCAAGGAUGUCUGGACUCAGUUGUCCUGAACAACAAUCAGCUACCGCUCCAGAACAAGCGCAGUCACUUUGCUGAAGUCGUUGGCCUGACAGAACUGAAGCUUGGCUGUGUCUUGUAUCCUGAUGCCUGUGCAAGGAAUCCAUGCCAGAAUGGAGGAAGUUGUACAAGCCUGCCAUCUGGUGGUUAUCAGUGCAGCUGCUUGUCACAGUUUACAGGAAACCAGUGUGAAACUGAAGUGACAGCCUGCGUCCCAAACCCGUGCCAGAAUGGAGGCUUUUGUGAUCCCAUCGUUGAUGAUUUCAUUUGUGGCUGCAAAGAAGGCUUCACUGGUCUUACGUGUGAAGACGACAUCAAUGAAUGUGAUGUAGAAGAGUGCCAUAAUGGAGGAACAUGUUUGAAUACAUUGGGUUCAUUUCACUGUAACUGCUCCUCAGGAUUUGUAGGCUUAUAUUGUGAUUUGAGACCUGUAAUUGUACCCAAUAUACAACCUGGGCAUCCCUACAUUGGAAAAGAGGAGUUCAUUGGGAUAGCAGUGGUCCUGCUUGUUCUCAUGAUCCUCGUAAUAAUCUUUGCCAUUUUUCGUAAAAAGGUCUUCAAGAGACAUUACGCACGUAACAACAUCACCCUUGUGCAGGACCCUGCAACUGCUGCACUGCUUAAUAAACCAAAUGGCAUCCAGUUCAAGGGUGUCCGCAAUAAUGGUGAUGGUCGUUGCAUUUACCAAGAAGCUGGAGGUCCACCUCAAGUGCCAGUUAGGCCUAUGGGCUAUACACCAUGCUUUCAUAGCGACUCCAGAAACAACCUGGACAAGAUUGAUGGGAUCGGCGUAGAACACCAGGAAAUGAGCACUUUUCACCCCGAUUCUCCUCGGCUGCUGAGUACCCGCAGGGGAGUCGUCGUGUGUAGUGUGGCGCCAAACCUCCCAUCAGUGACUCGAUCUGUUUCUGAUUGUGAUUCAUUAAGAAAAAACACGUGGGAUGUCGACAGAGACGGCAAAGUGGACAUUACUGAGGAUGCAGCAGGUUUUGCAGGAAGUACAAAAGGUAGCAAUUCUGAGGUCCAAUCACUCAACUCCUUCCAGUCAGACUCAUGCGAUGACAAUGCUUCAAUAGUGACUGUUAUACGGCUGGUUAACGAUGUGGUUGACACAAUUGAGAAUGAAGUGUCCCUUAUGGAGGAGGGGCAGAGCUACAACAGAGCAUACCAUUGGGAUACCUCAGACUGGAUGCCUAGCACUCGACUGCCUGAUAUUGAAGAAGUACCUCACUAUGAAACAGCAGAUACUGCCCCUGUGCAUCAUGAGAGUACGAGAGCACUAGACACUGACUACUACCUGGGUGGGUACGACAUAGACAGUGAUUUUCCACCUCCUCAUGAUGAGGAGUUCCUGAGCCAUGACCAGCUCCCUCCUCCCCUGCCAGAGGAUUACCAGGAGCAAUAUGAGGCCAUCCAGCCACCCCACGUAAAGUCCGCAUCAAACACUUCGAGCUCUGACAGCCGACGGAGACCUCACUUCCACCCUAGCCAAUACCUUCCACCUCAUCAAUUGCCUGUAGAGGGAGAGGUUGCUGGAGCACAGGACGAGACAAACUACAACACUUUUGGUGCAGGUUCCAACCAGGACUUGGAGAACGUGAACGCCGACAGCAUGUCGAUGUCUAUUCUCACGUCCACCAAUGCUUCGUCCUCGGACAUGUCAGCGACCUGUGGUUUCGAUGACUCAGAAGCCGUGAUGAGCGACUAUGAAAGUGGCGACGAGCUCAAUUUUGACAAUAUCCAUAUUUCCUUUGUGGAAACCCACCACCACACGCAAGUGUGACGGCUGUUGCUCAGCGCCACUUCAGAGUCAAAGAACUGACGGAUAAGAGUCGAGCAGGACUCGGAGAACCAUGGAGUUGUGCCAGGAGUGUAAAGACAUUCCAUAGAGUGUUACACCUGCAAACACUGGUGAAAAGAGUGAUUUAGAAUCAGUUUUUCUCACUAACUGGUACUGAUUUAACUGUGCACAUUAGUCCCAACACCAGCUCCAGAAAGAUUUCUCCUUUAUGGAUAUAAUAAUUAAUGCUUCAGUUUUUUUUAAAUAAAUGAAGUGUAUUCAUGAUAGUCAUGAGUAGGUUGUAAGCCUGGUCAAUUUGGAGCUGAAAGUUGCAGAUACAAUUAAAUUAAAAAUUUUUACGGAUAUAAUCCUGA